UAUAUAUAUAUAUAUUCAUUGAAGUAAAGAUAUUUUCGAAUAUAAAAAAUCAUAAAUUUCAGAUUCGAUAUUUUUUCGAUAGUCAAUCAGAAUGUUGGAAGAAUUCAUCAAAGCAUAUCUUGAUGUAUGUUCUGAUGGUGAUCUAGUUGCUGAACGGCAUGAAUUAGUUGAUUAUUGUAAAAAGAAAAAUCUCGAUCAAAACUUGGUCCAGCAAUGGAUUGAUCGUUUUGAUGUUGAUAAAGAUGAUCAAAUAUCAAUGGAAGAAUUUUGCAGGGCAUUAGGCCUAAAUCAAUCAGAAAUGUGUAUAGAAAAAGUUCAACGUAACAAAGUUAAUGCUACUUCAACACCAAAAGUUUCAAAAGAUUUUGAAAUUAUUUUAUCUAAAAUGUCACCCCAAGCUGAAUAUGAUAUUACUGAACAUGUUCGUGAACUGAUAGGUGAUUUAAAAGAAUUUAAACAACCGGAAACUAAAGAAAUCUCAAAUAAAUUAAAACAAUAUUUAGAUGAAACAUAUGAUCGUGUAUGGCAAGUAAUUAUAUUAAAUGGAUCAUAUUGUAUGAAUUUUUCACAUGAACCAUUUAAAGCACUUCAUUUUAAAUAUGGACCAUAUAUCUUUUUAUUAUGGCGUACACCAAAAGGUUAAAACAAUUAAACAACGUUAUACUACAAUUAAACAAAAGAAAACAUUAAAACAAAAUGGAUUAAAACAUUAAUCUUAGUGUUGAAUAUCAAUUAGCUUAUUUAUUAUGUCCAACUUUGAGUUAUUUGAUGUUGUAUUGCAAAGAAAUAUACCCAAAUACAUAUACAUGUACUAUAAUU